CCCAGAGCCCAGCACAGCAGAGAGAGCAGGGAGAGAGUGAGCCACGCUUAGUGCCGCCGCGGGCUAAACACUGGACCCGGUUCUAUAAUGACUCACGCAAAGCGGUUUGCUGGAAUCCCCAUGUCCAAGACUAUGAGGGAGAUCUGUAAGGAGGAAGACUAUGCCUUCCUGGAAAAGGUGGAAGAUUCCAGGGACAAAGGAGCAGAACAGGACAAGCUAGAAGAAGAAAAAAUGAGAGAACACCACGAAGAGAGGAUCCGUCGCAGCCAAGAGAGAAAGCAGAAAGAAGAGGAGAGGCAGAGAGAGCUGGAGGAAAUGAGAAAGCAAAAGGAGCAGGAGUGGAAAAACCAUGUAGCUGAGCUGGCAGCAGAGCGGGAGGGGGCUCUGAAAGAGAGAGCGCUUCGGCUGCGAGAAUUCAGGAGUUUCCAGCGGAAGGUUCAUGAGAAGGAAAUGGAUCUGGGCCAGGGGAAUGGAUGUGAGAAGAUUGAAUGUGACUGAGCACAAGCUGAGGGUCAACACCUUGGGAAAACAAACUACAGAUUGAACUAGAGAUUAGGAAAGUGAUGACAAAGAAGCCUGUAUUCUCAUCUGAACAGCACAAAGUAUAACCAAUUUGUUUUGUAUGAUAGCCAGCAAAUACUUGCCUGAAUGUGAACUUGUUUUUUUCUGAGUGAGCAGUAAUGUAAUAUAGUACAUUACAGAUAUAAUAGGGCCCUUCACACCCAACUCUCAUUACCCUGCCU